UCCCUUUUGAGCUUCCGUACAUUACGAAAGCUAAGGUUAGUUAGCAGACUGCUAACUUUGCAUGUACGUGUGCUGACAUUGAGAGAACCAUAGACAUUCUACGCCUGUGUCUGCGUUGAACGAUUACAGGGUCCUCAUCAUGGUGUCCGGAAAGCGUGUGGCUGAUAUGGGCUAUCGGGUUUUUUCCGCCUCCAUGAUGCUGCUGACGGUGUACGGAGGCUACCUGUGUGCCAUGCGGGGGUACCGUUACGUGGAGAAACAAAAACAGCUGAAACUGGCUGCAGAGAACCAGGAUCCCGAGAUCAUCAAAGACUGACAUUCAGGCAGCCGCACGCCUCUUUUUGUGAAGACGUGGACAUUUUCCAUUCCUCAUGCGUCUGUCCGUCUGUCCUGCUCAGGUUGACACCUCGACGGAUGCUUGUGGGAUUUCAGACGUUACCUCACACGGACGAGUUUUUUGCCAGGCAAAUCGAUUGAGAAAAACGUUUGCGUCAGUGGCCUCUGUCAUGCUCCCUUUUAGUGGCACUGUUUCAGGAAUGAAGAUGGCUAUAAUUGUUUGUAUUAUGUUAUAUUAAAAUGCCUUCAACCACA